GUGGUUCACGUGGGUGGUUUGUUCGGGAACAGGAACAAAGUCAAAGUGUUGUGCCUUACGAGAGAAGCAUCUCAGAAAGUUUUAAGUGAAAAAUCUGGACCAAUUUAAAGCAUUGAAAAAAUCCAAAAAAAUACAUAUCAGUGAAGAUAAUCAAAACCGUGAAAAUGAUAACUCGAAGUCCCACAACAUUAUUAGUGGCCGUCACAUUCCUCGCCAUAACACACCGCACCGCAGCCCGCCCAGAACCUCCGCUGAUCGGUGGAAUUGGCACAUCCAGCGGAGGGGGCAGCAGCAGUUUUGGCCCAUAUCCCCCACCUCGGCCACCACUGGAUCAGGGAGGCUACAACUAUGCUCCUCCCCCGCAGCUUCCCCAACAGCAGCCACCGCCCUCGAUUGGCGUCAACAGCUUCGGAUCGUCCAGCUCCGAGUACGGUCCUCCUGCUCCGGCACCGAUCAUUCAUAAACACGUGUACGUGCAUGUUCCACCACCGGAUAACGAGAUUCCCACCACCCGGAAACCCAUCUCCGUUCCACCCCCACAAAAGCACUACAAGAUUGUAUUCAUCAAGGCUCCAGUGCAGGCAACACCACCUCCCCCUGUGAUUCCACCGCUACCUCAAAACGAAGAAAAGACCCUGGUCUACGUGUUGGUUAAGAAGCAGGACGAACCGGCCGAGAUCAUCAUUCCAACGCCAGCCCCGACUCCACCAUCCAAGCCCGAAGUCUACUUCAUCCGCUACAAAACGCAGAAACAAGAAGGGAAUGCAGGUGGCCCGUAUCCUGAAAGUGCUUCCCUCUCCCUCGGAGGACCUCCAGCCGACCAGUACGGACCUCCCGGCGAUGGGUCAAAUUCGAUCCAAGCGCCCAGCAAUAGCUACGGCGUCCCGCUAUAGAUCGAUCCUGUCCGAUUACAUCUACCACAGGUUCCUGAAGCUGUUCACCCUGCAGCCGUUGAUGAUGUAGAGGGCUGUGGCAGGGAUCCUUGGUUGAAACACAGGUUCACAUCUUUUCAUAACCCCCCAAAGGUCCCCUAGUGUUGAUAGAAAAUGAAAUGACAGUUUACACGCCAAUCGCAUAGGGCUUACGGGCGCGGUCUGCUGCUAUAACUUGGGUGAAAAUACCUACCACUUCCCUGAUUGGUGUUAUUUUUUUCCAAGUGUGUACGUCUGUUUCUCUGUGCCAAGAAAUGAUGAGUUUUGUUGAUAAUCCGUUUGUUUAAUACUCGAUAGGUAAGAUAGUGUAAUAGCUGCUAGUGAUUC